GCGAGUAACAGAUUCAGACAGAGGAAAAUCUCUACAAAGGCUGAACUGCAAAUCUUGAAACAGAGUCAGAUAAGCGAUAUCGAUAAUGCAGAUCUACAACAGCGUGAACUACAAGAGAUCGAAACCGGUGUGGAUAAGAAUGAGGAAGGUGAGGAGCAUUUACAGAAGAUUCUGAAAACGACUGGAUUGUCAAACACAGCAAAUACGUAUAUCCCAACUCCAGAUGCCUCAAAGCUAUGGCCAGAAGCUGAAAAGUACUAUACGGGUACUUUCCAUCAUCCGGAGUCUUAUAUCAAAUCUUCCUGUCAAGUGGAGGAUUAUUCUGGGUGUCUCUACAAUAUGGAUGAAUCAGAUGAGGAGUUCUUGGUACAGUUAAACAAAGAUCGUAAGAAGAAUCCACUUACGGAGGACGAAUUCGAAAUUCUGAUGUAUAAUUUUGAGAAAACUAUCACGGAAAAACAACCUUUCCUAAGUACUGAUCCCACCCAGAUAUUAUCAUUGGAGGAAAUUACAGAUUCUUUAUUGAGGAUUGAUAAGUCAUCAGUGGAAAAUGUCACUGGAAUGCUAGCAGAGGAGCUGAACAUCCAUCCAUUUAUUACAAACUUUGAUGCGCAUCUGCCCCAAAAACCUAGAGAGUUGAAGUAUUUGGUUUCUCAGUAUGGACUUGUAGUGUAUGAACACUUCAAAAAGAGAAAGAUCGAAAGAAAUGGCCAAACAAUCACCCCAAUUCUUAAGUUCAAUGGUGAAGAUGACAACGAUGCUUAUAUCUGUUUUAGACAACGUCAAUUCAGACAACAAAGAAAGACAAGACGAGCAGAUGUUCAGAGUUCCGAGAAGUUGGUGAAGUUGUACUUGGAGUUAAAGGCCACUAAAGAGCUAUGUUUCUUAGUGGCAGAACGUGAAAAGCUUCGUUUGGAGGCGCUGGAAGCUGAACGUGAGAUAUUUGAACUUCGUUGCAAAGUUAAAAAUGUUAAGCGUGAAUUGGGUAUCACAGACAGCGAUGAAGAUCUUGUUGCACACAAGAAAAAGAAACCAGUUCCACCUCCACCUCAAGCUGAACAACCUACUGAUGUUAAAGAUGAAAAGAAGAGAGUACUGUCAAAAACCGGUAACAAUGCUAAUAUCGACAAGUCCAAGGUGGGUAGUUCAUCUGAUGGUAUAGACUCUCAACAACAACAAUUACAACAACAACAGCAACAGCAACAGUUCCAACCAUAUGUGAAGUUACCACCAUCAAAGAUUCCUGAUAUGGAACUGGAAACCGUUGAUAGGUUACUCAACAACAAGAAGGAUUCAAUGGCCAAAUUCGUUGAGGAGAAGUUGAAGAAGCGCAAAUUAAGGGAUGCUGGAUUUAUCAAUUUAACAGAUGACGCUUAUAGUCCAUUGCUUAACCUCACUUUGCCACAUAUCAAGAUUGAAGAUGCCUCUCAUUUACCUUAUUCUUCUAUAACGUCAUCAUUCUUGGAUCUGGAAAACUAUGGAUAUGUUGAAGGAGUAGAGAAGUUCAUAUCCAAAGGUGUGUUACCAAAGGCUGAGGAUGGGUUGGUUUUCAACACUCAAACUUCUAAAUGGCAAUCCAAAAGAAUUUUACCCGAGAAGUAUAAUCCAUUCCAUGAGAAGAAGUCUCUUGUUAGCGGUCCACAACUGACAUUGAGAAAAAGAAUUGGAAGAUUGGGUCAAUUGUACAUAGACACUAGGGACACCACAAGGAAUGACGAUAUUGUCUUUGGCGAAGAUGAGGAGGAAGAUACCAAGGAGAGAUUGCUUGAUCAGUGGAAGUUUGACGAUGAUGGUUAUAACCAACUCGACAUACUAAGCGAUGAUCCUGCUAGACUGAAUACCAUUUCAAACGAUACACAGGUGAUUAGAUUCGGUGGUAUGUUGCUGUCGAAGGCUUAUGAUACAUUGAAGGAUGCAAUGAUACAACAAAGACAACAGCUGUACCUGCAACAAUUACAGAAGAUGCAAAAAGCUCAACAACAGAGA